GCUGCUGUCGGGUCUGGCUCAAACACUGAAGACUCGAUAAGAGAAGAUUAAGAAACACAACCCCAACACCGACCAAACCGAAUCGAAUCUCUUUCGCAGACUUGAGAAAACAUUCUGGACGACCCCGGAUACAUAAGUAGUAGCUUGAGAUAGAAGUUUAUAAAUCCAACGAUUCAACACGAACGACAUCUUCAUCGACCGCCUGCGAAACUCUGUGAUUGGAACCUCGUCUCUGAACUACAUAAAACAGUUAACAGGAGAUAGAUCAAGUAGACGUCAUGACGGCUGGACCGACCGAGACCGAAGCACGAGGGACAGAGGCGGGCAAGAGCGGGACGACGAGCGAUGGAUCGCCGAGCGCCGGGAGGAGGGAGCGGAAGCGUGGGACCAAGAUGAGCGAGGAGCUUGCCCGUUUCCGGCCGCGACCGAGCACGAUCCUAGUUUCCUUACUAGCGCUACGAUAUGGCCGGCCGGGCCCGAGCCGAGGCGCGCCCCGACGCCUGCUCCAUUGGUUCGCCCUCUGGCUCGCCGUCGUCAACUGGCGCAUCCUCCCGUUCUAUUGGCACGCGAUGACCCUCCUCUUUCCUAUCCUUAAGGCUAAACUCCGCCGCUGGAAACUCGGCUCGUCUACCCCCGCCUUCGUCGCUAACUUGCAUGUCUUGGGUAAAAGCCCCUUCCAGGCUCGCAUCGUCUCUAAACAUUGCGCUACUUGGAAUACCUGUGAUUUUAUGUUCCACAUGUCCAACUCGGCCUAUGCGAUUGCCCUGGACGAAGCGCGAGCGAUAUGGCAGAUCCAGAUGAUCGGGGCUGCCAUGCGAGCGGACCACGAGCGAGUGCGGCCGAUGAUCGCCUCGACUCAUUUCACCUACUUCGCCGAGAUCCCCAUCUUGGCCGACUUUGAAGUCGAGUUCCGCCCGGUUGCGUGGGACCACAAAUGGCUAUACCUGUUGGCGACAUUCACCACCGACCCUCCCAAAGGCUCUCGAACCCGGCCUCUCAAUUGCUUAUCGAUCACCCGGAUGGUCAACAAGAUCGGCCGACGGACGGUGCGUCCGGAGAAACUGAUGGCCCUCAGCGGGCUAGGCAUGGACCCCUCGGAAUGGGAGACGCUCUCCCGGCUAAGGACACCCGACCCCGCCACCCGCCAUCCAGCUCCAUCAUCCAACACCUCUCACCUUAACCCCGCCCAGGAAUGGCUCGUCAGCUCCGACCCCUUCGAGCCGUUCCAAAAGUACGAAGCCCUUCGGACCAGAAACCUCGAGAUCAUUCGCGCUGGGUUGGAUGGCGAUCUUAAGAUCGGCGCCGAACGAUUAAAAGAAUUGUAGCAUACAUACACAUAGAGAUUUUCAAGAUUCAUCUUCUCCAGCAUUCAUUUGUCUUGUAUUUGUCUUUCUCCUUUCUCCUACUCGUGAGUUCUUCUUGCAUACGGUUCCCGAUGAGUUAGAUUUUUUUUUUUUUCCUUCCUAGAGCUUUGGAUUUUCUUUGUUAUUUCGAGUUGGUAGUAUAUAGACUGAAUGAAUGAAUAUAAGGUAUAGAUGUCUAUCGACAAGCAAUUCACUCAAA